UUGACCAGAGCAGAAGGAAACAUUUGCCAGAAAACAACCAUGGACCCAUUCAAGCCGAUGUCAUCAAGCAACCCACCACCGGCGCCGGUGUCCACCAGGGAAGUUGGGCAGGGCUCAGGGACUGCCCAACCUCAGCCCCACCACAGUGGGUCCCCCUCAAUUACCGGCUACACUGACCUGGCUCGUUUCGAUCCGUUUGAGAUUGACUUCAUCGACAGCCCUCCUCCACCAAUUCCGGGUGUUCCAAACGACCCCACUGCACCACCGGUGAUGGAGUCGAACAUCGAUGCUGGUUUUUCAACAGAGGAACUCAACAACUACCUUAGCUCCGACAACAACAUGCCAUUGAGGUCACCCGGCGGCGACGAUCUCCGGAGCUUGUCUAUGGAUUCUGAUUUCCUGGACUACAUUGCUGACGUCGAAGGCUUUCCCAGAGCCGUCGAGGAUAUUGCCGGCAGCAACGAUGCUGUUCCGGAAAUACCUGUGCAGCAUCAGGUUCAGAGUGUUUGCAUGGGUGGUUCUGAUAAUGUGACCAUUGAGGCUGAGCCGUCCUCCGUGGCCAAUGAAAUGAUGAAGAAAGUUAUGCCUCCUGAGAAGCUCGCUGAACUAGCUGUGGUUGAUCCCAAGCGAGCAAAGAGGAUUCUUGCUAAUAGGGAAUCUGCUGCUCGUUCAAAGGAGAAGAGGACUCGUUACACAAUGGAGCUGGAGGAGAAGGCGCAGACACUUCAAGCUCAAUCAGCUAAGGUCUCUGCCCAGCUUGCGAAGCUUGAGAAGGAAAAUUCGGACUUGAAAGCUCAGAACAAGGAUAUUAAUUGUGAGACAGUGACUAUUGAAGCGGAAACAAAGCUUAGACGAGAACUUAAUGAAUCUUUAAGGGCUCAGCUGACGCAACUUAAGAAAGAACAUAGACGGAAAACUGCAUUUAAGAGCAAAAAUUUUCAGGGACUGCUCUCUCAGUUUUCUUCUCAGUUAGCAUUGUUUCAGGUGACUCAUCUUCGAUCCUGGCAGGCUCAGCAGCAUCAACAACAGCUUGGCAUGCCUUCGUCUCACUUGGACAAGCCCAAUAAUGAGCAAGUUGAUUCAGAUGAUGACUCGAAUUAAGUCCAAGAUUGGUGAUUGCAUGUCGAUGUUCAUCAUAAGUUUAUGACACUGCUGAAUCUUGUGACUAGUUUCGUUUGACGGCUUUUAAUCACCCUCUUAAUUGUUCCUCUUCUUAUUUUCAUGUCCUUUAUACUUUUGUUGGAUAGAUUUAGGGUUUAGCGUGAUGUUAAUG